UUGAACAAACGAAAAAGAAACCGGGGUUAAAAUUUUACCUUGGGUUAGCAAUAAUCGGGUUUCCAACAACUGGGCCCAGGGACUUAGUGGUGUCACAUACCAUGCAUAUUAGUAGGCACAACAGGGGCAUCCCAAGAAUGUGGACAGAUUCUGGAAAAAGUUCGCUAUACAGUAAACUGUUUAUAAAGUGGCGCUGACCAAAAAUAGUCUGCGGGGUCGCUUUUGGUCGCCCGCAACUAGUCAUCCGUGUCUGCAGGCCCUCUUUAUCAUCCUCUGGUAGAUAACAAGCGUACGGUUAAUGAUGUACACUGUACUUACCAGUUGUUAUUGUUGCCUCUAAUGUAGGAAGAAAGCAAGAACUGGGUUACCAAAGAAAACUUAGAGGAGAAAAUUGCCCAUUGUUUGGAACAUGAAACAAACCACAACUUUGCUCUUUCUCCAACGGGAGAGAGAAUUUAUUCAACUUCUCCACCAGGCAGUGUAGACACUGAUGAGAAUGGCCCUGGGCCUGCUGCUUAUUUGACAACAGGACUGAAACCUGCAGUAGAGCACUCAACUUAAUCACUUUGGAUUUGGACUUUUUUUAAGAGCCUGGUCACCGUACAGUCAUUGUUCAGAUUGUUUCAAUCACCGCGAUAUUGGGGAACAAUAAUUUUGAGACAUCACGAUGAUACAGACGAUAAAUGAAGAGCAGGCUCAGCUAUUGAAGAUCAGGUCGGUGUCAUGAGAAGUAGGGUGCACUGAUGGUCUGGUAUGAGUCAUACCUGGUAAAUCCCACAAAGAAAAACAUUCUGUACAUCUUCCUCUCUUCAACGCAUUUUAGAAGGCUCAGAAGAAUCUGAAAAUAUACAAUCUUUAAAAUAAACUAUUGCAAGUGUCAUGUAUUUGUAUAUAAAUGACUCUGUUAUGGAUUGAAAUGAUGAAUUGUUUCAAGCCUCCACCCCCAGCCCCACGCGGUUUUCGUACACCUUUUCUCGAUCCGCUUUCCUUACUAUAUUGGGGCCUGGGACAGGCUAAUCAGAAACGGCGAAAUAUUUUGAAUGAACAAUACAGUGGAACCCCGCUCUACGAACACUUGUAGAUAACGGAUAAUUUCGUUUGUCCCGACGGAAAGCUCAUGUAUUUUCUUUAAAUUUAACCCGCUCAAUACGGACACCAGUUAAUACGGACAACGGACACUUCUCUGUGUUUCGAGUCACAAACUUCCAUAUAUCCCACUUUCGGCGGAAGCUGGUUACCGGAGCACUGUUUAUCUUCCUUGUCACAACCAUGUGCUUAUUGUCGACUUUGUACUCAGUUAAAAUGAGUACAGAUUUCAAUGAGUUAAUAUGAUUUUAUCACUACAAAACAGUAGCAAAAUAUCGUGACAUGUCUGAAGUCCGUCUUACUUCCCAUGUUUGACCCUUGUAGUGAAGCCCUUUAAGUUUCAAAACGUUUAAUUUUCUUGGCUUUGUGCUGCAGUUUUUGGUCCUUCCCUUCUCCCUCUUUGUUUUAUUUAGUAAUCACAAG